AUGUUGUUUUUGAUAUCGCAGGUACUCAAAGAUGCUAAGAAGAAGGAUGCCAUCAAAUUGGUGUGGACUAAGAAGGAACUUGACGAAGUAGAGAAAAAAGAAAAUGACACAGAAACAGGGUUCAUUGAAGAAAAUGCUGAAGCAGAAGAAUCACAGAUAUCGAUCACGGAAGAAAACAGAGAUGUUACAAAUAAAGAGAGAGAAGAGGAGAAGGACUCGAAGAAAGUUGAUUUAUUGAUAGGAGAUAAAAAGGAUCUAUUGAUUGAUGACGAGGAAGAGGCCUACGUGGAUUUGAAAAUAGAUGACGAAGGAAAUAUAAAGCCGAAAAAAAGAGCAGCCUCGGCUGUGAGUGGAUGGUAUCAUGCCAAAGUAAAAACUGAGGAAGUUUCUGAAGAUAAGGAGAUGGAGACGAAAAAGCAGCUGAAAAAAACUAUUAACAUGCAAAAAGUAAUAUUGGAGUACAACCCUUUCGCUCGAAAUCCGGCAUAUUGUGGCGCUAGUUGUAGUGCCUAUUUCGAACUUUUGCCACUCACUACACAUUUUCAUCCAACUGUCAAAUUGUUCGCUCAACGACUCAUCAAUAAUCAAAUAAUACAGUAUAGUGGUGACCCACUAAAAGACUUCUCCGGUAUUCGAUUCCUGGACCGCUUUGUGUUUAAGAACCCAAAGAAACCGACAGAGAAGCCACAAGAGAACGAAUUAAAGAAAGUCAAAGGAUCACAUCCUAAGUUUGCUAUUAGGAAGAAUUAUACUCCUAAAGGUUUAAGAAGUAUACCAGUCAAUUCCGCAUCAUACUUAAAUGAGGACGUUUCGAAAAUUCCAGUUGAUGAGCAAUUUUUAUAUGACUUUUUAAAAAAACGCCGCACCGAAGCCGAUUCAGAUGACGAUAGUGACAAUGAUUCAGUCACGAGCGAGGACUUUAAUCAAUAUCUCGAUAAAAUGACAGGGACUAAAGCACAGGAAUCUGACGAAGAGGAACUAGACUACCUUUCUGAGAUGCAAGCCUCUUUACAACAGAAACCAAAGAAAGGAGAAGACAUGAGUGAAGAAGAACUUGAAGGGGAUGAUGAAGACGAUGAUGUAGGAGGCGAAGACGAUGAGUUGCCAAUUGACGAUGAUGACAGCGACGGUGAACUAAAUAUAUCCGGUGAUGAAGAUGAACCGGCUUUAUCUGGUGAAGAAAAUGAGUGGCAACUAGAUAAUAGUGAUGAAGAUGAUGAUGUAAUUGACGUGCCAGGAAAGAAAUCGGCUAAGGGAAAGAAAUUGAAAAUUAAAGGAGGUGACAGUCUCGGCUCACUGUUCGCUUCAGCUGAAGAAUUCUCAACCCUUCUGGAAGAAACUGCCGCAAAUAAAAAGCAAGGCUCAAGUCAGGCAGUGUCAAACACAGACAACGCCAGUGUGAAACAGUUAGCAUGGGAAGAAAAAAGAGACCGUUGGAUCAAAGGAUAUAACAAAAACAUUCUUGGAAAGAAGUCGAACAAAAAACGCUUCAAUAAGAAAAGUGUAAACGGAGCGGCAGAUAAUAACCGCGGCAAACGCAAAGCCGGAAGAAUAGAUGGCGCUGGUGGCAAAAAGAAGAAAACGCGAUAG